UCUCCAUGGGAGAUAUGCAGAGCUGAAUGGUUUUUUGUUGCAGGAUUUGGUAAUCUGAAAAGGUAGUAUGGAGGACAAGUGUGCAAUUGCAAACGAUGUUACUGAACUAAUAGGCAAUACCCCAUUGGUAUAUCUAAACAACAUAGCUGAUGGUUGUGUAGCCCGUAUCGCUGCUAAGCUAGAGAUAAUGGAACCCUGCUCCAGUGUUAAAGACAGGAUUGGGUAUAGCAUGAUUAACGACGCUGAAGAGAAGGGUCUAAUUACCCCUGGGCAGACUGUCCUCAUUGAGGCUACCAGUGGCAAUACUGGCAUUGGGUUGGCAUUCAUUGCAGCAGCUAAGGGAUACAAACUUAUACUAGUCAUGCCAAGUAUAGUGAAUCUUGAGAGAAAAAUUGUUGUCCGGGCUUUUGGAGCAGAGUUGUACCUCACAGAUAUAGCCAAAGGCAUUAAGGGGGUUUUUGAUAAAGCUGAUGAGAUACUGAAAAACACACCCAAUGGUUAUCUUCUUAACCAAUUUGAAAAUCCUGCCAACCCCAAGAUUCAUUAUGAAACAACAGGACCAGAGAUUUGGAAAGGCACAGGAGGAAAAGUUGAUGCCCUGGUUUCAGGCAUAGGAACUGGUGGUACAGCUACUGGUGCAGGGCACUUCCUCAAGGAGAAAAACCCCAAGAUUAAGGUUUAUGGUGUAGAACCAUGUGAAAGUGCAGUUCUGAAUGGAGGAACUCCUGGCCCACAUAAGAUCCUUGGAAUUGGUACCGGUAUCAUCCCUAAGGUUUUGGAUGUCAAACUACUUGAUGAAGUUGUUCAAAUAUCGAGUGAUGAAGCAUUUGAAACCGCUAAACUUCUUGCAUUGAAAGAAGGUUUGCUGGUAGGGAUGUCAUCUGGUGCUGCUGCUGCAGCAGCAAUAAAGAUAGCAAAGAGACCAGAAAAUGCAGGAAAACUCAUCACUGUGAUUUUCCCCAGCUUUGGAGAGCGUUAUCUGUCUUCAAUGCUGUUUGAAUCCAUUAAGAAAGAGGCUGAAAAUAUGAAGUUUGAUUAAGUUAUUAUCUGCUCCGGAAAAGAGCCUUGUUUCAUUAGCCCUGUCCUUCAUUUCUCCAUUGGCUUAGCUUGAAUAAAUACCAGAAAGUCAAUAAUCUUUGUACUGCACUGUGGACGUGAUUAGUUAAUAAUCUAGUAAUGAGGAAAAAAUGGGCAACAAAUUUAUUAUUA